CUGAUAGCUGAACAUGUCGACCAGAAUCAGCGGACACAUUGUACAAACACCGGCAUCACUCCCUUACAAUAACUAAACUUGUCGGCCUGCGUGAUGGGGCGGCUCUGCAUUGUUCUUGCGGACCCCUCCGAAGUUGAUCUGCGCAGCGGAAGCGGUGACGUGCGUGUGUGCAGGUGAUUAAGCAAGCCUGAACACGACCGUAUGGAGAAAUGAAAAACCGCGCUGGUACGAGCAUCUCCUGAUAAGGCGAAUGUAGGUUAAACUCGUACCGUUUUUUUCUUAUUUACUUUGCCAAUUACCCAGACUACGUGAAUAUGUUGAGGAGCGGAUAGGGCGGUUUUUGAGUUCAUGCAGACGCAGCCCUAGCGGAUCUACUGUCACCCAGAAGCAAGCCGCAAGUUGCACUUUUCAUUUCUACCAAAAUGCUGCCGAAGGCACACAGGACAUUUAGGCAACUUCAUUUAGUCUUCGCGGUCUGACACGCCAUAGCGUUGGCAAACUAAAUUUAGAGUAGAUAAACCGUUUCUGUGGAUAAAAAAAACAACUUUUUAAAAAUUUUAUUUAGCCUGUUGUGGGAAAUGGAGAUGGACAACCUGUGAAAUAAAGCUGCAGGAUGGUGACCUCCUUGUGAUUAUACCUUGGCACCAGACCAGACCUACUGGUUGUUUUUGGAAACCGGUUCUUCUGCAGGAAACCAAAUCAAAGACAACAGAAAACAGGAGAGUUGGCAGAACUGACAUAUCUAGAAGUUUCUCAACUGAGCCCCGGAGCAACGCCCUUGGUCCGUGGCAGGGGUGGGGCAGCGUCCCUCGAGCAGCUGUACCACCGGAGCUGCAGCUAUGGACGUUGCGGCGAGAACCCCUCACUCGUGCCUGGUGUCCCCGCGGCCUGUUCCACCAUGCUGUACAAUGCCCCUGCCAUCGUCUACAUCGUGCUGGAGCUGCUGAUCGCCGUGCUGUCUGUCCUGGGCAACGUGCUCGUCUGCUGGGCCGUCUGCCUCAACAGCAACCUGCAGACCAUCACCAACUUCUUUGUGGUGUCGCUGGCAGCAGCCGACAUCGCCGUGGGGGUGCUGGCCGUGCCCUUCGCCAUCGCCAUCAGCACUGGCUUCUGUGCCCACUUCUACGGCUGCCUCUUCAUCGCUUGCUUUGUGCUCGUCCUCACGCAGAGCUCCAUCUUCAGCCUGCUGGCCAUCGCCAUUGACCGCUACAUCGCCAUCAAGAUCCCACUGCGGUAUAACAGCCUGGUGACAAGUCAGCGCGCCAAGGGUAUCAUCGCCAUCUGCUGGGUGCUUUCGGUGGUCAUCGGCCUCACACCCAUGCUAGGCUGGCACACCAAGAACCGCCCACAGAACGACACCAAGCUCACCAACAGCACCAGUGGACCUAAGUGCCCUAGUGGCACCAUCGAGUGCCUUUUUGAGAAGGUAGUCACCAUGGACUACAUGGUCUACUUCAACUUCUUUGGCUGUGUGCUGAUGCCCCUGCUGCUCAUGCUGGGCAUCUACCUGCGCAUCUUCAUGGCUGCGCGGCGGCAGCUGAAGCGGAUGGAGUUGAAGGUGGUGCAUGGGGAGCGGUCACGCUCUACCCUCCAGAAGGAGGUCCACGCCGCCAAGUCUCUCGCCAUCAUUGUGGGACUCUUCGCCAUCUGCUGGCUGCCGUUGCACGUUAUCAACUGCUUCACCCUCUUCUGCCCAGAGUGCGCCCGGCCACAUGCCAGCAUCAUGUACCUGGCCAUCAUCCUCUCUCACGCCAACUCGGUGGUCAACCCCUUCAUCUACGCCUACCGCAUCCGAGAAUUCCGCCACACGUUCCGCAGGAUCAUCCGCCGCCAUGUCCUGGGGCGCCGGGAUCAUUUUGAGAGCGGCUCCUGCAGCGCCACCCGGCCCGGCAGCACCCGCGCCACCACCCUUGCCGCCCCGCCUGAGUCCUGCCCUGCCAAGACCAACGGCUUUACCCUGGAUGGCUAUUCUGACCGUGGCAGCUUUGGCAACAACCUCGAUUCCUGCAACGGCCACGAAGGUGCCAAAACGACUGUUGUUGCCAGUGCCGUCCUUCCUCCAUCAGACCAUGUCCCACACAGCCCCCCGGUGGAUAUCACCCUCCCCCUACAUCUGCAGUCAGGGGCGUACUCCUCAGGACUCCCCACACAGAAUGGAGAUGAGCGCCAUAGCCCUGGUGGUGCGGAGGCGGAGCUGAAAGCCGGCAGGGAGUUCUCCGCGGCGCCAAUCAGACCAGGGUUCUGCAGACACACGGCACGCUGCCCUGAGCUCACGCAGGUGUCCUGAUGGCACUGAGAGCGGGCUGUGGCCCCUGGUGCUCCACUGACAUCUCAUGUAAUAUUUAUUGCCUUGCCUGGAGAAAAAAGGAACGCAAAAUGAGGCGGCGAGCAGGUGUGAGGAAAAUAAUAAAUGACUGGGCCCCACAGCAGAGUCACAUGUCUUGAAGGGGCCAUUGUGUCAAAUGCUGCGGCCCCUCCCCCCUUAAUCCCAUGAUCCGAUUCUUACUGGCGUUUAAUAUCUUGCAGGGAUGAGGGGAGGGGUAGCCGCAUGGAGCCAAGACAGAAAGCCGUAGCUCAAGCGCUCCCAAAAAGCCUUUCUCCUCCUAGUGAUUUUAAAUGUGAAGAAGUUCUAGUGCAGGAGAUGGGUGUCCUGUAAAUAAGCCUCAUCUCUAGCUUCUCUCUCCUGCCUUCCUUCCCCCCCCCCAUAGGCCAUAGAGAUGUAACAGGCUGCCCAGUGUUAGGCGACACCCCUGUUUCCCUUGCCACUGCCUUUGGGGGAAUGUCAAGACAAUGCCCACCAAAGUCAGCUAAAGUGUGAGGGGACUUUUCCAUAUAAGGAAUGCCUUUUGUGAUAGGCUAGCUGUCACUCUGGCUCAGCCAAUCCGCAGCCAGGUGCUGUGUACGGGGGCCUAAUUUCUUUGAACACGUUCUUGAGGGAAACACUUGCUGAAAGCUAUUUAUGAUGUAAAAGUCUGACCAACCAUUGUUGUAAGUGAUUGAUUUAAUGUCUUUUAUCAUGUUCUUGUCGUUGUUGUUGAUGAUGUUAUGGUUACUGAUAUUAGAGCCAUUGCUCUUAUUACUUGUUGUGUGAUUCCUAGGUGUUGACAGUGAACGACCAAAAAUGAGCCCACAAAAUCAUUUAGGGGUAACAAGUAACACAAUGCCAGUUUGGCCUGGCUCUUUCAAAUUGGGGCUGCAACACAACAAAGCAGAACAACAAUGUACCUUUGCACUAAUCAGGUUACAGCUGAAUGCAUCCUGUACACAGGCUUGGACGGCAUUGACGUCAUCUUGGCUGUAGAAUGUCAUUGUGAGACGAGUAGAUCCAGCAGCUCAUGGGUGGAUCUUAUUCAGCAAUGCUCUAUGCAAUAUUAUGUACUGAUCCAAUCUGACACAAAUCUAGGUUUUUAUUUUCAGAUGUGAUCAGUUUCAGACAGGAAUCCACAAUUCCGACCCUGGGGGUCAUUCUGCAACACAGUUUGUAGAUUUCCCUGCUCAAACACAUCUACUAAGCCUGGCAAUUUGCUGUGUAGCUGAAGAAGGUGCGUGAGCAGGGAAAUCUGCAAACUGUGCUGCAGACUGAGUCUCCAGGACUGGGACUGGGGAACCCCGGUUUAAGGUCAUUUUCAUCUGCCACUCAAUAGACUUGUGUCCCGUCCUUGUGCAUUCAUGUUGGACCACGUUACCUGCUAAUGCCAGCCCAAUGAGAAGCUGGACCAUUGUGUGGAUGGAUGUUUCCAGCAUUUGUUCCCAUGGCUGGUUGUCUUCUAUAGUUGCCAGUGGUGUAUUCCUGAUCCCUUAACACUGCUUUGCUGCUUUCCCGUGUCAUUAUCGCACCUGGUUUUCCAAUCAAACUGUGUAACGGGCAGCUGGUGGCCGUCUCUGAUUUGCCUGUAAAUGUGGGAAAAGAUGGAAAUGGAUUUGGUUCCAUUUGCUCUUCAGGAAAAGUGUGACGUAGUAUUUCUCAAACUUGAGUGGGGAAAAUGCCUCCAUUUUCCAAAUAAAUGUUUUCUUUUGUAA